AUGGAUGCCGCCCCUCGUAUGGAACAUCUGAGGAGGGUUAGUACCCAGCGUCUCCCUCCUCCGGCUCUCUUCCAAGGCCCCUCUUUUCACGAUGCUUCCCCCCUCUCCUCUCCUGGAACAAGCCAGCGGCCUCCCCUGCAGCGUCAUCGCUCGUCGCGCCAGUCUGGGGUCCUGGAGACCCCCGGGUCCACGUCACCAUUCCUAUCUCGUAAGCAGUCUGCAGGCGAAGCCGACCGAUCAGACGCCAUUUGGCAGGAAAUGCAAAAUGCCUUAUCGGAAGUCGAGCUGAGUGCCGUUACGAGCGAACACGUUUUCGGCGAGAAACAUUCUAAGGCGCUGGAGGAUCUCCGCACCAAGCAGCUGAAGCUUGCGCAGGCAUGGGCGCGCAGUGAAGCGGAUGACGACGGAUCAGAUGGCAAAGGGACUCUGGGGAAACCCUCGUCGGUGCGAAAGGGCUCCCGCAAUACCGUCACGACCUCGGGUGAUCCGGCCCCUGCGGACGAUUCGUCCCCUAGGAACUUGGACGAGGAAACCGAAAAAGAUCUUGCCUUGGCGCGUGAGAGGCGAGAGGCGAAUGAUCGUUAUUUUGAUCGAGUCAAUGGCGGCGUGUUGGAUGUGGUGGCUAAACUCGAGGAAGUGGCUGAGGCUAUGGAGGUGGUCGAGAGGGAGAGCAGAGAUAUAUGGAGCGACACGGAUGCAAACAGCGUAGCUGAAUCGACACAGCCAACCCACACCGGAUGA